UUGAACAUUUUGCACUCUUUGAAGCAGAGAGAAGAUAGCUUGCCCUUUUCCUACAUGGGUGCCAACACAAAUGACAUUCAAGGAGUUGAUUGGCCUCCAGGAUUGAAGGAGAAAUUCUAUUCGGAUAGAAGACGAAUCGGCUCCGACAAAUGGUUCCACAACAUCCCUGGUUCUUUGGAUCGUGCCGUAAACAAAGUGAGUAUCUUAAGCUCCCGGUCUCAUACGGAGUUUUUUAAGUACCACAAGUUUUACAGCAAACUCAAGUUACACAUCACCCAUUUCCAGUUGCGAAACUUGGUGUGUAGCAAUAACAUAACUGGUGGUAUUUUCUAUCCUCUGAGCCAUUUUCAUGACAAUCAUCUUCAGACAACCAAUAACUUUGAGCUGACUGACAGCAUCCACUCAUACUUCAAAAUCAACCGAUUACUGCCCGACGAACAAUCAAAUGUCAGAAAUUCUAUGCAGCUCGAUUGUGUCAUGGAUUCCCGAAGUUUGCUUCGAAACUCCAACAGCCGAAUCUCUACUUUGGCAUGCUCUGAUAAAUACUUGGUUUCAGGAACCUUUGAAGGGGAUUAUAUCUUAACCGAUAUUUCGGAUCCCCAGCACUUUCUUCAUUUGGGAGAACACAACUUGACCCGUAACUACGACGGAAUUACCAAUAGCAUCGUGAUCAACGAUAACAAACAAUUAAUUGCAUCUUCGAAUGAUAAGUCCAUCAGGCUUGUGGACUUGUCCACCAACCACAAAACAGAAAUAGUCCUUCCUUUUGCUGGUAACUGUCUUGCCAUGAACAGGUUCAACCCCAAUGAGAUCUUUGUGUCGGGUGACUACUUGAGUUCGUUUAUACUUGAUAAGAGAAUCCCCCUCACCAAGUUUGAGCAGGUUGUUCAGUAUAAGGGCCAAGAGGAUUAUAGUUUUAGUUGUGACUGGUCUCCAACGAAUGAAAACCUUUUGUUAUCCGGUAACCAAGAUGGGAACGUACGGAUCUGGGAUAAACGAUUUAACGAAGAGCCCUUAUUUAGUUGGAAAGGAAGUCUUGGACUCUCCAGUGGAGAUGUCGUUCCUGGUCCCGUGAGAAACACCAAGUUCAGUCACAAGGGCCAGUUUGUCUGCUGGGGUGAAAGUCUUGAUCAUGUGGGGAUUGUAAAUAUCGACGAUUUGCAUUCAAACACCCAGCAAAUGGACCGAAUACAGUCUAUUGACUUUAUUGGCAAAUGUACCGGGUUAAGUUUCUGCGAGACGGAGAAUGGGUACGGAGAACAGUUGAUAAUAGGUGUAAAUGACUGCCCCCUCGGCGGAAUACUAUCGUACUCCUUGGAAAGCAGUGAGAAGUGUCUUGAUUUCGACCUUCGCUUUUAGUUGUCAUGUCAUUGUAUAUAUAUAUAAGUGUGUUAAUAUUAUUUUAGUCGUUAAUGCUCAUUGCUAUAGGCUACCACAUUUCAUCAGCAUCGCCACUGACUUGCAUUUCACCUCCAACCUCCUUUAUGAUUUGAUCAAUGUUGCUGACUUUCUUCUGUUCUUU